AUGCAAGAUGGUGUUUGUGAGCGUUUUGUUCGACGCUACUUAUUAUCGAAGAAUUUCAAAGAUACACUGAAUGCAUUCGAAAUCGAGUAUUCGAAAGAAAAAAGUAGAGGGAAAUUUCAGCCACUGGAUAUUAUCGAUCAACUUCAAGAAGCGAUCUACGAUUCUAAUUUAUCUCAGUUAACCAAUCAGUGGAAUUUCUUAGAAAAUACACUAUUUCAUCGGUUAUCGGGUGAUAAACAACUUGCUGCCAACGAGCUCAAAGUGCAUGUUUUUCGUACAUACUUAGUGCAGGCUAAAAUAAAGAAACGUCAAGCUAAAAUGACUGAGUUUUUCGAAUUACUUUCUUCGCAGUUUUCCUUUGGAAAAGAGGAAUGGCAAAGUUGGUGUGCUUUGCCUUACGCAGCGGAUCCAAAAAUGCAUUCAGAGUUUUUUAUGUAUUUUACAAAGUCAUGGAUGGAUGUAUUGAUUCUAUCACUAACAAACUUCCUCUGUUUGAUAAAUUAUUCUGAAAGUAACCAAAGCAGAGUAUUUUUUGAGACGGAGUUUUCGAACCAAAAGAAUAAAUCAAGCACAAACGAAAAGACAUCAACGUCAGGAAAUCAAUUACCAUUUGGAGAGCUCCUUGAUGACUUUAAUGAACUGGGAACUAUCCGAACAAAUUCAAAACUUUCGUGA